GAAUGCCAUGUGCGGAAAGCUGCAAUGUGAGAAUGUGGAAACCUUGCCGGUCUUUCGGAUCAAGCCUGCCAUUAUCCAAACUCCCAUCAAAGACACCACCUGUUGGGGCGUGGACUUCCAGCUAGGGUCAGACGUGCCCGAUCCCGGGAUGGUGAACGAAGGCACCAAAUGUGCCCCUGGAAAGGUCUGCAAACACUACCAAUGCGUUAAUGCGUCCAUCUUAGAUUAUGACUGUGACCUCAAGGACAAAUGCAAUGGGCACGGGGUGUGCAACAGCAAUAAAAAUUGCCAUUGCAAUUCAGAUUGGGCGCCUCCCUAUUGCGAUUCCCCAGGAUAUGGGGGCAGUGUAGACAGCGGGCCUACUUACAAUGACAGCAAUGUGGCUGCACGAAACUGGAUCCUGGUGUUUGUGUUCAUAGUUCUUCCCAUUGCAAUAGUUGUACUCAUUCUUUAUUGUACGAGAAAUAAAAGGACUCCUUCCUGGUUGCCACUCAUGGACACCUGUUGCAGAUGCUUCCACAGAUCGGAUACCAGUAGGCAGCAGGCUGUUCGAACCGAAUGUCCACGCAACUUUCCGUAUUCUUCCAGGAGUGCAUCAUCGUCUGCGGUGGUAUCAUCCAUGGACCAACAGCGUGUCCCCCCAAGGCCUCCACCCCCAGCGGUGAAAACCUCAAGGGCAUCGGAACAACUUUUCCCCUCCCGACCGGCACCUUUGCCCCCUAUAUAAAAUGCCUCCCUUUGCCUUUUGCAAGCCCACCACCGCCUCCCCUUUUUAGGACUGAGCUGCCUCAAGUGUCCAUCGAGCGACUCUGGAAACUUGUCUUUUCUUCCUUGGCACCGGAAUAAGACGAAAGGAAAAUAUAGAGGCAAAACACAAAGUGCAAAACCACCAAGGAAUGUAAACUCAUAUCAAAUACCUCUCCGGGGUGUGAAAAUCACCAAGUUGGUCGACACUUCCUGAGCCAACGGCAUUUGGGCUAUGUUGCUGGCCGAUAUCAGCUUGAACCGGAACAAUUAUUUUGGAUCCAAGGGCAUCUUCCUUCUUUGUUAUGAUUAGAUUUAAUUGUGCGAUACUUGACAUAUGCAAUCCCAUCUGCCGGUCCCUGAGAGUUUUUUUUUAGAAAAUGCAGGAGUGAAAUCCAUCCGGUUCUGAAAUUUUGAGUUGUUCGGAGAACCAGUAGCGGAAAUUUUGAAUAGUUCAGAGAACUGGCAAAUGCCACCUUUGGC